UCCCACUCAGCCAUAAAUUCCAAAUUAAACUUUCUACCCGGCUGCCCUAUAUAUUAACCCUUUCAGGCCUUAGAUUUUCCGCCGAUUUUUCCACACCGAAGCAAAUUAACGUUUCGAUCUCCGGCCAUGAAGAUGUUCUCGGCCAGGUUCUUUUUCAUUCUUUUAAUGAUUCCGGUCCUAGUCGUCUCCGCCGCUGAAGACUGCAGUGGUGACUCCGGUUACGACGGACGGGACCGGGUCGAGGCCUCCAAGUUUAAGGCCAUAGCCGCUAUUGGGAUUCUUGUAGCCGGGAUACUGGGUGUCUUUUUCCCGAACAUCGGGAAGAAAUUCCCGAUGUUCCGCACCGACAGCAACAUGUUCUUCCUCGUGAAGGCAUUUGCUGCCGGCGUGAUCCUAGCCACCGGUUUCAUCCACGUGCUCCCGGACGCUUUCGAGACCCUCGGCAGCCCUUGCCUGCCGGAGAAGCCCUGGAGCAAAUUCCCCUUCCCCGCCUUCGUGGCGAUGGUGGCCGCCUUAUGCACGAUGAUGGUGGACUUGUUCGCGACGAGCUAUUUCCGGAAAGCCCAAUUGGACAACAAGCCCAAGCCCGUUGACGAAGAAAGCCCGGCCCAGCCUCAUGCGCAAGUGCCCAUUCACACGCACGCGACCCAUGGGCAUGCUCACGGUUCGGUUGAGCCUUACAGCGGCUCUGAUCUAACACGGCGGCGCGUCAUCUCACUGGUUCUAGAGAUUGGGAUUAUUGUUCACUCAAUAAUUAUUGGGAUAUCUUUGGGGGCAUCUGUGGACGUUGACACAAUUAAGCCCCUACUAAUAGCUUUGACUUUCCAUCAACUCUUUGAAGGCAUGGGACUCGGCGGGUGCAUUGCUGAGGCACAAUACGCAGCACGUGCCACAAUAUUAAUGGCAAUAUUCUUUUGCUUUACAACUCCAAUCGGAAUAGCAAUUGGGUUUGGGAUUUCAGGUAUCUACAACGAAAAUAGCCCAACGGCCUUAAUUGUGGAGGGCUUGUUAAACUCAACCUCGGCUGGGAUUCUGAUAUACAUGGCCCUUGUAGACCUCAUUGCAGCAGAUUUUAUGAGUGACAGGCUUCAACGCAAUUUAAAGCUUCAAAUUGGAGCUAAUAUAUCACUUCUACUAGGAGCAGGCUUAAUGUCACUCUUAGCCAUUUGGGCAUAAUCAUUAGUAUAUAUACAAGAUUAUGAGAAAAUUAACAUCUUCUCUCUACAUGAUAUAAGAAUAAUUGUAAUUAUGAGAAAUCAAAAACUUACAUCUUGUGAUAAAAAGAGCAUUUUGGAUAGAAUUAGUUAGACUCUUUUUGUGACGUUGGAUAUAAUUAGCUUUUACGUUAAGUGAUACUCAUGUAAUUUCCAUGUGUAUGUUUGUGUUUUUAGUUAAGUUUGUUGUUUGAUAAUUUGGAAAUUAUACACUUUUGGUGUAAUAGUUAUGUUUGUGAAAUAUUUGUAAUUUGUUUAGAUUAGGUCUAUUCUUAGCUAAAACAGGUCCAAGAUUAAUC